AUGGAGGUGCCACCGUCUGUGGAGAUCACCGACGGGCAGCGCCUUGAGACUGAGCAGCUGCAGGACGAGAGCAGUAUGGAUGGAGUACAGCAGACAGGGGAGCAGCAGAUUGGGGAGCAGCAGACAGGGGAGGAGCGGAUUGAGGAGCAGCAGAUGGUGGACCAGCAGCUAGGGGAGCAGCAGACAGGGGAGCCGCAGACAGGGGAGCAGGAGAUGUGGGGAAUUAGAGAUGGUGGUCGUGUGUUGGUUUCUGGGACGACCACUGCACCUGUGCGUCGCUCCACUCGCAUCACUCGUGGUGUCCCGCCUGCAGGGGUGCGUUCCGCCUUUUCGUGCUUUGGUUUCAAUGGCGAUGGCGCAUCAUGCGCAUCGGCCGAGGAAAGCGAGAGGGAGAAUGGGGAGGAGGAAGAGAGAGAAGACGGGAGGAAAGUCGCGAGGGAGAGUGAGAUCGGCGACAGGAAUGAUCUUGAUUCAACGGAGGGGGCGGAGGGGACGGAGGGGGCGGAAGAGGCAGAGGAGGCGGAGGGGGCAGACGGGAAUGAGUCUGACGAUGGCGGGUAUGAGUUCCGCGGAUUGGAAAAUGAGACGGAGAUGGCGAUGCUGGCGGAAUCGACGGCGGAAGUGGGGUUGGGGGGAAAAGGGGUCGCGGAAAAGGGGGCCGCGAAAGGCGCGGAAGGGGCGGAAGGGGCGGAAGGGCACCAUCGGCGACAGUCGUGGCUGACGAGGGUGGAGUGGUUCGUGUCGUGGCCGCUCAGGCGACUCAGCCACCCGUGGCGCAAGGUACGCCGUGAAUACCGCAGUGCUGUGGUGAUUGGGACACUGCAGUGCGUGGUGUCCUGGUUCCGAGUGCUGUGGCUGUGGGUGGUGCUAGCAGCGGCCAUCCUGUCGCUGGUGUUUGCGAUGGCGUGGCAACAUGCGCAGGGGACUGAGAGGGACGACCUGGAGUCGCACUGUGACGAGUGGGGGGCGUUUAUAGAGGCCAAGUUCAACACCACUGCAGCCAACACGCGCUCCGUUUCCGACUUCAUCCGCGCAUAUUACCUCGAUAACAUGAGGGAGGACUUUCUGGACGUGGAGAAAUUCCAACGCUUCACUCAAGCCACUCUUGACGGCCGACCCAUGGUGUCAAUCGUGAGCUUCACGCUGCUGGCCAACAGCUCGUUCCCUUGGGUCAUUGUCGAUUUCAAUCCCAACCACUGCAUCUCCACUCCAGAGCCCACCGGCGUGCUCUCCUCUGCUGUUCCCCCCUUCGUUGGCUUCACACUCCUGGUGAACAACACGUUCAUUCGCGACUUAGUGGAGCAAAACUCCAACCACUGCAUCUUUGCACCCGAACCCAACGGCGCACUCGCCUGCCGCCCACGCGACCUGCCCCUGUACGCGCCCCUUGUCAUCUUCAACGCCCGCAAGGAGUUCUACCCGCGCGUGAACCUCUCUGCCGUCUGCUGCCAGGACAUCAUGGCUGAACCAGCAUUUAACGACACGUUCCGCCGGGCCAUUGACUCAGCCUCCUCCGCCAUGUCUCCUCCCUUCAUGCGCGACAACUACUCCUACCAUUUCAUCGGCCAGGCCUUCCCAGUCUACUUCAACCUCACCACCUUCGCCCUGCCCCCCUCAGCCUCCCUUCCCUCCAUCGCCAUCCCUCCACUUGCCACGCCUGAGGACCUCCCACAGGGGUUUGUCAUCGCGGGGUAUAACUUUGCAAACCUGCGAUCGCUGGUGGGGUUUCAGCAGCUGGUGGAGCUGAACGAGAGGGUUUAUCUGGUGGAUGGCACGAGGGGCGGGGCGUGGGAUGGUGCGAGAAAUGAGGAUGGGAAGGUUGAUAAGUGGUUGCCGGCGUUGUUGUUUGAUCAUGAGGGGGUGGUGGGCGAGGAGGAGAUUGGAGCGUGGAUGAUGGAUGGGAAGGGGCAAGAGGAUGGGGGGAGAGUGCAGCGUGAGUAUGGUCUCCUCUCCCCCAAGUAUGGUCUCCCCUCCCCCAAGUAUGGUCUCCUCUCCCCCAAGUAUGGUCUCCCCUCCCCCAAGUAUGGUCUCCCCUCCCCCAAGUAUGGUCUCCCCUCCCCCAAGUAUGGUCUCCCCUCCCCCAAGUAUGGUCUCCCCUCCCCCAAGUAUGGUCUCCCCUCCCCCAAGUAUGGUCUCCUCUCCCCCAAGUAUGGUCUCCCCUCCCCCAAGUAUGGUCUCCUCUCCCCCAAGUAUGGUCUCCCCUCCCCCAAGUAUGGUCUCCCCUCCCCCAAGUAUGGUCUCCCCUCCCCCAAGUAUGUUCUCCCCUCCCCCAAGUAUGGUCUCCCCUCCCCCAAGUAUGGUCUCCCCUCCCCCAAGUAUGGUCUCCCCUCCCCCAAGCACAUCUCGUACACCAAGCCAUUCGGUCCGUUCACCUGGAUAGUGGUGGCGGUGCUGUUCCUGACCGUCUCCACCAUCCUCCUCUGGACGAGCAUCCAGCUCAUGCACGCCUUUGAGUGCGACUGCCAGCACCUAGCUGCCGCCCAACAUGAGCUGCGUGCCGCCCGCUUGGAGGCUGAGGCGGCGAGCCGAGCCAAGGGGGAUUUCCUCACGACGAUAUCGCAUGAGAUCCGCACACCCAUGAACGGCGUCAUAGCAAGCCGAGCCAAUAGGGAUUUCCUCACGACGAUUUCGCAUGAGAUCCGCACACCCAUGAACGGCGUCAUAGCAAGCCGAGCCAAUAGGGAUUUCCUCACAACGAUGUCGCAUGAGAUCCGCACACCCAUGAACGGCGUCAUAGCAACCCGAGCCAAUAGGGGUUUCCUCACGACGAUGUCGCAUGAGAUCCGCACACCCAUGAACGGCGUCAUAGGCAUGCUGAACCUGCUCCUGGAAACCCCUUUGGACGGGUCGCAGAAGGACUACGCACAGACGGCACAAAGCAGCGGGCGGGCGCUGUGUGCACUGAUCAACGACAUUCUCGACCUCUCCAAGAUCGAAGCCGAAAAGUUGCACCUCGAGCGCAUCCCGCUGGACUUGCGUGCCGAGCUCGACGACGUGCUCGCGCUCUUUGUGGAGAGCGCCCAGGAGAAGCGUUCUGUUGAGCUCGCGGCGUUUGUGGCCGACGACGUGCCCGGGAUUCUCCUUGGCGACCCGCUUCGAGUGAAGCAGGUGCAUAUAGUGUUUGAAGUAGGGAUGAUGAGCAAGUACCGGACUCGAACCGCUGUAUCACCAUCAGCAGCAGCACCGUCACGCUCAUCCUCUCUCUCCAAAACACCAGCCAGCAGCCCCCGGCUGUCAGACAAAGGCUGCAGCAGUGCAAGCAGACGGAAAGAGGAAAAGAAUCCAGCUGAGGCCUACGGGGCCGCUGCUGCUGCAGAUGAGAGGAGCGGUGGUAGUCAAGCUGUUGCGGAGGCGUGUACAGAGCCUGAGCGUGCGUGUGUGACACUGAGUGGCAUACCAGCCAUGAAGACAUGCUGCUCGUGGGAGGGCAUGCGGGAGCACAUGGACCUUGCUGCCGUGGGCAUGGGCAUGGGCAUGGGCAUGGGCAUGGGGAUGGGGAUGGGCAUGGGCAUGGGCAAGGCAAUCUAUACUAGGCAUGGCGAUGGGUGUGGACCGUACAGUGAUGGGCGUGGUGAGGGAUAUGGCGAUGGGCGUGGCAGUGGUGCCAGCGUGGGACCCGGCCAGCCUGUGCGACUGAUGGUGGCCGUGGAAGACACAGGUACGCUUUCGAUGCAUCUGCGUGUGUGUGUGCCCGUGUGCGCCCAUGUGCGCGUGUGCGCCCGUGUGAGCGUGUGCGCCCAUGUGCGCGUGUGCGCCCGUGUGCGCCCGUGUGAGCGUGUGCGCCCGUGUGCGCCCGUGUGCGCGUGUGUGCGCGUGUGCGCACGUGUGCGUGCCUACGACGCGUGUGGGGUGUUGAGUUUGAGACACCUCAAAAUGCGUGUGCGCGAGUGCGCCCGUGUGUGUGCCUACGACGCGUGUGCAUCCGUGCUCCUGAAUGUGUGCGAGCGUGCAUGCGUGUGCUUGCAUGCCUUUGGAGCAGCGCCUGCUGUCGCUGAUGGAAAUCCAUCAUCCAUCUCCACCUGCCCAUAUCCUUCCCAAUCCCAGCCUGCCGCUUCCCACUCCUCUCUCUCCCCUCUCGCUGCAGCGCCUGGUGCCGCUGAUGGGGGAACCUUUCUCCACCUGCCCAUAUCCUUCCUAAUCCCGUUGCCCCAGCAGCAGCAGCAGCAGCAGCAGGGGGCAUGUGGGCUAAAGAGUGGGAGCAGCGACUGUGGUGGGAGGGCGGCAGAUGCACGAGAGGGAGGGGGCAUAUGUGUGGCGAUCAGUGGGAAUGACGGGAGGGCGGCACGGGCAUGGGAGGGCGUGUGUGCGGUGAGCGGUGGGAGUGGUGGGAAGGCGGCGGGUCCUCUAGAGGGCGUGUGUGUGGCGAGUGUGGACGACCGGGCGGUGCGGCAUGCCGUCACUCUCUCUCUGCUGCGCCGCCUUGGCAUCUGCACCCUCCCCUGCCCCUCCUUCCACCUCCUCCCCUGCCUCCUCGCCCAACACCGCUCUCUGCACCAUGGAUCGUGCCACUCCUUGCACCAUGGGUCGUGCCAUGCCAUGCAAAAUGACUCAUCUGAUGCGAUGGGCCAUACCAGGCACCAUGGGUCAUCGAGGCAGGCCAUGCACUCUCCCAGGGAGCACCAGGCGGGGCAGCAGGCGGGGCAGCAGGGAGAGCACCAGGAAGAGAAGGAGAAAGACAACGCUGAGCUUGCUUCUGAACCGUCUCUUGCUGCUAAGUACCUCGCUCGCCUCCUUUCACUUAGUCCCAAGCACAUCCACCCGCCUCGUGCUCCUCGCGCCGUCUCUCUCACAACCUCAACAGCAGCACCCUAUGCACCGGUCAGUCAUGCACCUGCCGCUCAGUCAAGCACCGCUCCCCCCCGUCGGGUCAAGUCACACUCUGCCCUGUCAAGCCUCCCACUACCCACCUCUCGCCACUCCAUUGCACCGCAGAAACCCCACCCGGCGCCAUUUUCUCUUGCUUUUGAGAAUUCUCACAAACCCCACCCGCCGUCUUCUCUUGCUUCCCCCCCUCCUCGCCGCGUCAAGUCACACACGGCCCUGUCAUGCCUCCCACUACCCACCUCUCAACUCUCCAUUGAAUCCCUUCUAAAUGCUUCCUCCACGAAUUCUUGUGAGGCGCACGAAAAGUCCCACCAACCGUCUCCUUCUGACCCUCCCCCUCUACCGCGCCGCAUCAAGUCUCACACUGCCCUAUCACGCCGCGCACUACCCACCAUUCAGAGAUCCAUCGGAGCCCUUAUAACCGCUUCCCCCACAAUACGCCCCGCAUCUCGUGAUCUAUCUCUGGUCCCGCUGCUUCCAGCCGACUCGUGUGCACAAGCCCAUGCAGGACCAUCCAGCAGCCACUCAUGUCAUUCUAUUGAGGAGCUAUCCCGUCCUCUCGAGCAUUCUGUUCCUCUUUUCGACCCAUGUGCCUCUACUACCGACCCGCCGUCUGGUCCUCUUGAGCCGUUUGGCUCGCCGGCUGUGCUUUUGGCUCCUCCAGCUCUCGCCUCACUUUCCCGCCAGUAUUCCUGCCCUCCUCUCUCAGUCGCUCCUUCUCUUCCCCGCCCUCCUCUCUCGAUCGAUGUCCAUUCCUCUAGCGAGAUAAGUGCAAGGGGAAGGGAGGGGAAGCAGCAGCGGCGGUGGCAGAAGCAGGCUGCAGGGAACGAGACAGAGGUGGAGGAAGAGGCGGGGAAGGAGGGGGAAGACGAAGAAGAGGUGGAGGAGGAGGUGGAUGGAGAGGAGGAAGGAGGGGAGGAAGAUGGAGCAGGGAAGGUGAAGCAGCGCGUUUGUCAGAAUUCUCAAGAAUCGCAGCAGCGAGUGCAUUACAGGAGGCUGCGUGAGGCGCAACGACGGGGAUGGGUGGGAGCGGUGGUGGUGGAGGGGGAGAUGAUGCAGCGGCUGGGCGUCUCAGCAGAUCAAAUCUACGCUCUCGUGUCUGGCCGGGCGGCGGGUGAGAGUGGUGGAGGUAGUGAGUGCAGCAAUUGCAGCAGGUGCAAUUGGCCUGUUCCCUAUCUUGUGCUUCUUCACGGCUCUUCUUCUCUCCCCCCCGACAGUUUCAGCCCUUGCAAGAGGAAGGCUUUUAACGGGGACAGGGAGGGCAGCCGCAAAAGGCAAGCAGGAGGGUUAGAUGAAAGGGAAGAGGGGGGUGAUUGUGAGUGUAAACCGGGUGACUGUAACGAUGUGACGAGGGGCUGCCCAGGCAGUAGGAGAAGCAGGUCUUCUGCUCUGUCCCUUUCUCCCUCUCCAACCAUCCCUUCCAUCGCAGCGCACCUCUCGCCCUCACCUGUGCUAUCCCUCUCGCCCGCCCCAUCCAUCCCCUCGCUAUUGUCACUUGGCUUUGAUGCUGUGAUUAGAAAGCCCCUUCGGAAACCGGCGCUGGUGGCGGCACUUCUGCCGCUUUUCAGUGCGGACACGGAGCAAGGUGAGUGUGGGCAGACAGGAGGAGGAGCAGGGGGGGCAGGAGGAGAAGAAGGGGCAAGAGGAGCAGGAGGAGAAGGGGAAGCAGGAGGAGAAGGGGGAGCAGGAGGAGCAGGAGGAGAAGGAUGCAAGCAAGAGGAUGUGGCACAGGGAGGGAUCAUGAAGAGAGAGGCGAAGGGGCAGUGGGGGGGUGGUGUGGCGCUGAGCCCGUCGGCCCUCCACAGGGCUAGCAGCAGCGCUGCAGCAGCCCUCUGGCGAGCUUCCCCACUAGAAAUCAAGUCCCCACGAGAAAUCAAGUCCCCACGAGAACUCAAGUCCCCACGAGAACUCAAGUCCCCACGAGAACUCAAGUCCCCAUGGCUCAAAUCCCCCCGGGCACUCAAGUCCCCGCGGGCACCCAAGUCCCCCCGGGCACUCGAAUCCCCUCAGUCAUUCAAAGCCGUUCCCUUGUGCCCCUCCCACUCACCCACCACUCGCACCACUCCCACCAGUCCCAACAUUCCCACCAUUCAAACCACUCCUGCUACUCCCAACACUCCCACCACUCAUAACACUCCCACCAUUCCCAACGCUCUCAACACGCUGGGCACUGCCCUAGGCAUGUGCGGCGGAGGCAAUGGAGUGGCAGUGAGGGAGGGUGCGGAGGUGGAGGGGGCAGUGUUGGAUGAAAUGAGUGGCUUGGAUGGUGUGGAUGGUAUGUAUGGUAGCAAUGCCUCAAUGGAUUUAACAUCGGCAACCAGUGCUACUGAUGCUGCUUCGGUCAGCCUAGCGUCUACUUCCGCCGCUGCUGCUUCUGUCAAUUUGACUCCUCCUGCCGGUGCUACAGGUGCUGCUUUGAUCGAUUCAACACCUGCUGCCUCUGCUGUUGCGAGUGGAAGUGGCAUUUUGGGGAGGAAACCACUGGUGAGGGUUGGCAGUGCCGAUGAGAAGGUCUUUUAUUCGCCCCAGGGGUUGCAGUUGCAGUGCUAUGUUCCUCAGGGGUUGCGAGCUCUGGUGAUGGUGGUGGAUGACAACCUCAUCAACCGCAAGGUGGCCAGCAAGCUGCUGGAGAGGCACGGCGCGCGAGUCACCGCCGUGGAUGGCGGUGCCAAGGCGCUUCAAGCCCUCACCCCGCCCCACCCCUACGACCUCGUCCUCAUGGACCUCCAGAUGCCGGGCAUGGAUGGGCUGGAGGCGACUCGGAGGAUCCGAGCGCGGGAGAGGGCUCAGGGCGGAAGCCAUGUGACCAUCAUUGCGCUCACAGCGGAUGUGACUGCCGGCACGCGCCACCACUGCUUUGCUGUUGGCAUGGAUGACUACCUCUCCAAACCCCUCGACGACGGCCCCCUCUCCCACGCCGUCUGGCGCUGCCUCGUUGAUAAAUUAUAG